CUGAUGCUUUUAAGCAGAGUUUCAGCCACAAUUCAAGAGGAUUCGAGUUUUUAAGAGAGAGAUCAGUUCCUAGAGAGAGAAAGUGACGAGCAAGAGUUCCCAAGUGCCCUAGAUUGAUCUUCAACACCAUUGGAGGCCAGCUUGAGCUUGGAGAAGUGCCGAUCAACGUCCAGAAGCAGGAAUCCAUCCUUCGCAGUAUGAAUUCCGUGUCUGAUUCUUCUUUUGCUUUCUUCUCUAUGGAGUAGUUCUCCCAUUCAUCUGGGUAUGGAGAACCCUAGAUUUGUAUGUUAGGCUUUGAUUGUAUGAACCCAAGUACUGAUUCUAUGAUUGAUUAUAUUCGAUUGAGGUUUUAAUGAUUGAAUGACUUGAAUCCUGAUCAAAUUCCUGUUGUUUCUGCUUUAACCUAGAAUGAGAAUAUCUGCCUAGGUUAAUAGAGUAUCCUUGAUUGAAGGUAGGGAGUUGGUGACUUUAGUCGAGGAGCCAACUCACUAUUCUGUACCGGAUUUACUCCGGUAGUGGAGGUUUUGUUCUUAGGGCCUCAAUCUGUCGACUCCGGUGGAGGUUAGUCGCCCGCUAGAGAGUCAGAUUGAGAGGGUCUGAAGACCUUUAGUCGAGACUUCAGGCUGUUUAAGAACCUUCCGCAGUAUAAUCUUCAUAGAAACUGAACUUGGUAAUUACAAUCCGGCUUAACUGCAGUCUAGGGGGAACCAUAUCCGGGUGACCUCUUUAACCUGAAUACAACAGUUUACUUGCUUUGUUAGUUUGUUAGUUAGACUUGCAUUCCAGUUUCAUUGCUAGAUAACAAGAAUUCACUGAGUAGUCAUCACAUCUAGGACCCGGGUUGAUAAUUAAACCCAAACCCGCUAUACUACGCUUUAGGAAGUGGUUUCACUUGGCCAAUUCCUGGAGUGACAGUAGAGUCGAGUCAAGUUUUUGGCGCCGUUGCCGGGGACGGCUAGGUUGUUGAAGAAAAGUGAUUUCUGUUAAUUUAGCCUUUCUUUUUGCUUUGUUUGCUUUGUUCCACUUGUGCCUUCACGGGUUUGCUUGCUUGAGUGUGUGCAGGUAGUGCAUGACCCGUAGCCAGUCAGGAGGUUUUCUGCCGUUGAAUCCAGAGAUUGACCGCACCUGUCGCCAGCUCAGGAGACAACAGCGAGCUAGACUGGCUACGAAAGAGCGCAUAGACGGCCACGUGAGCAGUGAUUCUGAGGAGGAGUACGAGAUGGCAGACUACAAUCAACACCAGGGGAAUCCUCAGCAGGCUCCCCCGGUGAAUCAGGUCCUGGGGAACAACCCCAUACCCCAGGAUCAUGGAGUUCAUCAUCCACCGCAGCCGGGUCCCACCUUGGAGUACUACUACACUCCGCGGAUUGCUGACAUCCGCCCGGUCAUCCUCUACCCGCCUAUCCCAGCAAACAAUUUCGAGAUCAAGCCAUGCUGGAUUCAGCUCAUCACAUCCUCUAUCCAGUUCCAUGGCUUGAAGAAUGAGGAGGCCAGGGUGCAUCUUUCCCGUUUUCUGCAGCUGACGAACGGGUUCAAGCUGAAUGGUGUCCCGGAUGAUGCAAUCCGCCUUCAUCUCUUCCCCCAUUCUCUGGCGGGGAAUGCUAAGAGGUGGUUGGAGACCCAGCCCCCAUUGUCCAUCACCUCUUGGGACGAUCUAGCGGACAAGUUCGUGCACAGGUACUAUCCGGCAUCGAAGACUACAGAGAUUCAGCGGGAGAUCACUCACUUCCGCCAGGAGCCAGAUGAGUCACUUCGUGAUGCUUGGGAGCGGUACAUGGGCUAUUUCUGGCAGUGCCCCCAUCAUGGCUUCAGUGAUGCAUUCACAGUGGGGAACUUCUACAGUGCCCUUUCUCCAGAUAGCCAGAGGGUGAUUGAGUCUCUAUGCCUAGGAGGGGAUAUUCUUACCAAGACUCCACCCGAGCUGAACCAGAUGAUCAGUACUUUGGCUGCCAGAGAUCAUUCUUGGGGACAGGGUAGCCGAGGCAGACAUUCCCGGGACCGUGGUGUGCACGCCAUGGAGACCAGAUCCGGGCUCGAGCAGCAGGUAGCUGAGCUAGUGCAGACAUUGAAGCAGCCCAACAGUCUGAUUCCGGGCAGAGGUUUGGCUACACCUCCAGUUGCUCAGUGUCAGUGGUGUGAGAGCUCCAGUCACCUAGUGGAGGACUGCCAGGCUAUGAGGGAGUCUACCACACCCCAGGAGCAGUUGGCCUUCAUCGCCAAUGCGAGGCGCCUCGAUCCAUACAGUAGCACAUAUAAUGAGGGGUGGCGCCAGCAUCCCAACUUCGCCUGGAGCAGCAACACCACUAAACCACCUGGUUUCCCAGCACCAGCGGGUGGUUUUCAGCAGAGGCAGCCCUUCCAGGCUCGCCAGGGGCCAGACCCACAGCAGCAGCCCUACCAGCCUAGGCAGGGCCAGCCGUUCCAGCAGCCCCAGCGCCAGUUUGCCGAGCCAGCAGCAGCUCCGGCCCCAGAUGACAGGAUGACGAAGCUGGAAAACAUUCUAGCUUCAUUCAUGACUAGCAUCCAGGCUGCUAUCACAUCACUGGAGGCAGGUCAGCGGAACCAGGGUGCCAUUUUGCAGGAUCUGCAGACCCAGGUGGGCAUCUUGGCCCGCCAGAGCACCACCAGGGCACCGGGGACUCUGCCUGCCACCACUGUUCUGAAUCCUCGAGAUCCUCACCAGCAUCAGCAGCUGGAUGCCAUUUUUACCAGGAGCGGUAAGACCAUAUCUGCUGAUCCUGUCCCGGCCAGACAGGAGGAACCACUGCCUGCUCCAGCACUUCCAGCCGACAAUGCAGAAGUGCGGGUGGAGAAGGAAGCCCCUGCUCCCAAGCCACAACCAGUGGUUAAGGAGCAUGUACCCCAGCUUCCCUUCCCCACUCGCCUACACAAGGACAAGCUGGAGACUGAGUUUGCCAAGUUCAUGGCAAUGUUGAAGCAGCUCAACAUCAGCAUACCGUUCAUGGAGGCACUGUCGAAGAUGCCCAAGUAUGCCAAGUUCAUGAAAGAUAUCUGCACCAACAAGAAGAGACUUGGGGAUCUCUCGACAGUGAUGCUGAGCGAGGAGUGUUCUGCUAUCCUGCAGAACAAGCUGCCCGAGAAGCGCAAGGAUCCAGGGAGUUUUACUAUCCCCCUUACUAUUGGCAGCAUGCAUGUAGGAAAGUCCUUGGCGGACCUAGGCGCUAGCAUUAACGUCAUGCCAUAUAAGUUGUAUAAAAUGCUAGACCUAGGUGAACUUAGCCCUACUAGGAUGAGCAUUCAAUUAGCUGAUCGUUCUAUUGUGCAUCCUAGGGGAAUCAUAGAGAAUCUGCUUGUUGGUGUUGGUGCAUUCACAUAUCCUGUUGAUUUUGUUAUUCUUGAUGUGCAUGAGGAUGUGGAUGUGCCUUUGAUUCUAGGUAGGCCAUUUCUUGCCACCGCCAAGGCACUAAUUGAUGUGCAUGAUGGUAAGUUGAUCUUGCGUGCUGGGGAUGAACAGGCUACUUUUUCUGUGACUGAGUUUGAUCACUGUGCUAUGAUUGCUGUCACGCCUGUGCAUGCUAUGUCUGAUCAGGUACACGAGUCUGUCGUGUACCCUUCUGCACCUCCUAUUUUGCAGGACCCUCCUAUCAUUCCUUCGCCGCCACUCCAUCCAGCCUCGCCUCCGAACAAAAAGCUCAAGGAGGAGUGGCGGCCGAAGCCGCAGGUUGCUAAGCCUGCACGGAAGAAGAGUGGAGACCACUAAGAGCUGGUCCCACCUCCUGCACCACGACCACCCUGGCCGUCUGGGUACUCGCUCUCCUGCAUCUUGCCAGAUGGGCAGGUCGAGCUGACCGAUGAUGGUGGUCGCAUCCGUCGGGUGCAAGGCCACAACCUGAAGCUGUACCUCAAGAGCGACGCGGAUCGGCUCUUGGAGGCACCUGUUCCUGCACCGCCCUGAGUAUCCACCAUGGGCGUCCAGCUAAUACGACGGUAAAGAAGCGCUUGUGGGGAGGCAACCCCACCACGGUUUGAUUUUUUUUUCCUUGUGUUUUGAGUCGGAUUGUAACCCGGUUUGGGUUUGGUUUGUUUUCUUUUGGUUUGGAUGAUAUUUUAUUGGGCUGACCAUUGAACCUAACAUAUUGUGUUUGAGCUCUUCUGUUCCCCUUUGGCUGUGCUUGCCCCGACUGGCCCGUUUCCAGUCCCCUGCAGUCCGUGCAUACCGGUAACAUCUUUUCCUAUCCCUUCCCUCUUCUCCAUUGAGGGCAAUGUCGAUCUUAAGUGUGGGGGGGUGUUUAUCUUUUGACUGCAUUAGAUCUGUUUGUGUGCUUGGAGCCUAGUCCACUGUCCAAAUUUUUAAAUUUGAGGGCUCCAAGUACGUGUCUCCUUGCAAUUGCCUGCUCAGUAUGCUUUGAAUUGACAGUCUUUAUAGUAACAUGCAACCUAGGGAGGUAGUGUAGCACUAUGGAGGAUGUUGAUGCAUUUAAGGAGUCUCAUUUCUUCUUCAUAUUGAGUUGGUUGAUUGAGUGAAUUAGUGAUCUUAGGACCCUUGAAUUGUGUGGUGUUGUGGAUUCUCUACCUGUCAUGGACUCUUGUAUCAUGUUUUGAGUUUAACAGGUGCUCGAAAAUGUGCUUCAAAAUAACGUCUCCCGUGCGAAUAGGGCGAAAGUGUGUAGGGGGAGACGGGAAUCCGUUCCCAACUUCCACCUACUACCUCCAGCCCCCUUACAUGUCUUUCCCCCGCACGAGGCUCGAGACAUCCGCUCCUGGCAUGGCCGGUAAGAGCAGGUUGGGACCCUUGAAAAGAAAAGAAAAGAAAAACAACAGAAAACAAGCAAAACAGAAAAAAAGGGGUUCCAACCAUCUUCAAAGAAAAUCGAGCACCUUGA